AUGGACAACGAUAUUAUGAAAGAACAGGGACUACGAGAUAUUUACUACAGUCCUAAGACUGGAUUCCAAAUACCAGAGAAACUAUACCUUAGAGCAAUAUCAGACGGACUUGAAGUAACCAGAAAUCAGGCCAAAAAAUGGAUAAACGAGCAGGACACAUACACCAGGUACAGGCAGGUGUUUAGGAGGCACAAGUUCAGACAGACGUACGUCCAAACCUUAGGUGAGCAGUUACAAAUGGAUUUAGUUGACAUGACAAAGUACAACGACAAGAACAAGGGAUAUCGGUGGAUUCUCACAUCCAUCGAAAUACUAAGUAGGUACGCGUUUACUGUACCAGUGUACAGGAAAACCGCUUUAACAAUGAAGGACGCUGUCAGUAACUGUUUAGAGCAAUUCAAGAACCACUUUGGGAAGUACCCAAAAUUUGUUCAGUUUGAUCAAGGCACAGAGUUUUACAAUAAAGAAGGAAGUCAUUGUUCAACAAACAUAACAUUGAGUUUUUCUCCACUUACUCAGACAAAAAGGCCGCAGUUGUGGAUAAGUUUAACAGAACACUAAAAGCACUAAUGUGGAAGUACUUCUACAGUGCCAGUACAUAUGAAUGGUUAGACGUCCUUCAAGACUUAACCGAUAGUUACAACAGUUCAGUGAACAGGUCAAUUAAAACAAGACCGAACAGUGUUAAUGAGUCCAACUGGACUGACGUAUGGAAGACACUUUUUAGUAACGACCUAGGAAAGCCGUCAGAGCCAAAGUUUGCUGUCGGAGAAAGUGUCAGGAUCUCAAAGUACAAAUCAGUGUUCACAAAGGGGUAUGAAGCAAACUUCACAGAGGAAUUGUUCACUGUGACUGAAGUGUAUCACGGGCAUCCAAACACAUACACAAUAAAAGACAGUGCUGGUGAACCAAUAAUUGGCAGAUUCUACGAACAAGAAUUGUAUAGCGCUGAAGGAAGAGAACCUGAUUUCAAGAUAGAGAAAGUACUAAGAAGAAGAACAGUGAAAGGUAAGAAGAUGGCUUUCGUUAAGUGGUUAGGUUAUGAUGAUAAAUUUAACAGUUGGAUACCAGCUGGGAGCAUCAAGUCCCUAACAUAGGUUACAGUAUUAUGGAGGAUGCUGAGAACUACGAUGACAUUGAGUUGGAGGAGGAACAAAAAAGUUAUCCUCAAUAUGACGACAUGAACUACCACGACCCUACAUCAAACUUUGAUGAACUAACAAAUAUGUUACAAAGGGAGGUAAAUUAUGGUUCAGAUCCAUUGGUAGCCACUGACCUUAACAAUGAACUCAGCUAUGUGAAGAAGCGAAUGGAGGAACGUGGGACAGCACAGACAACUUUCAUUGAGGGGGAAGAAGGAACCGUAAACAUCACAGGACCAUCAGGAAGCACAACCGUUCCAAGCGCUGACUUUGUGGAGGAUCCAAACAAUUUACUUCCAGAUGUGCUAGAUGUAUUUGAUGAAUCAUUUAACACUGACUGGGGCGACAUAGAGGAACGUCUGGAUAAACUGAAAACAUUCACCAUACUACAGAGGAAAAAAGACUUUGAAAACCAGGUGGAACGUGUUCAGGCUCUCACAAGGGUUAUUCAGACAAAGGAGAAAAUAGUACUCAAUCCUAGGAAUAGAAACGUUAGGGAGCUCAUCAAACGGUCAUCCGUCAGGACACUCAACGAUGGCACAGAGGUAUCAAUGUUUAGAAGUGAGCAGGGUAUUAACAAAAGUGGUACCCAGAUAAUGAAACGUGGAAAGACCUCCAUUCGAACGUACUCCAAGAAUUCCCCUGCACUGAGAGAAUAUAAGGACCUAGUGAGGAAGAUCAGGGAGGACCAGACAACUGACACUGAAUUCAGAACAGAGAAGGAGGAUACCGGUAGUGAGACCACAGUUAUAAAGACUAUAAAUUACAUUUGAAGACAUUGAACUCAUAGAUGUGAGGGUAACCAGCGACGACAUCCCAGCUCUAACCCCUACGGAAAAUAGAGAGCUCGGAGGAGUGCUUGACCCCACAGACACCAUGGACCUGGAAUCAAGAGUGGGCAACGACGGUGCACUUCAGAAACAAGUAGAAUACUUUCAGGACACAAUCAAUAAAACGAUGGAGUUGAGGGAUGAAACAGAAGAUCCAGAGGAGUUCAUCAGAUUGGAAAAAAGAAUAAUCGCUCUUAGGGAAGCAAGGGAUAGGACAGUCAUGCAGAAAGAAUUAGAGGAAGGUAGAGAAGCUCAAGUUGAAGACAUUUCCAGAUUCCGCAAAUUUGUGAAAUGGUUAGGAGAGGAAAAGGUGGGACUCACAGGUGUUGUAGUAUCAACGGCCGGUCUAAUCACAACCUUACUGAUCAAUCAAUCAAUCAAUCAAUCAAUCAAUGGAGCUUUAUUAAAAAAUACAUAAAUAGGUAAGAUGGUGUCCUUUCACUAAAGUGCUCUUCCAAGGAGCCAUGCGCCAUAAAUGGCAUAUUGAUAUUGUUUAUUUAACAGCAGUAAUUAUAUUGACAUUAUCAUAAACACCGGAACUUCCGGUUUAUCGCUAGUCACUCACGUGACUGCUUGUACUUCGAAAAUACGAAUUGCUCUGUAAAAACAUAUAGUUUUAUCGUUCGUUAUUUGUGAGUCUUUCUUCUAUACUGGCGUGGUGGCAGCGACUUAUUUCCUUAUCCUUCGAUCUCUAACACAGCAGAGAUCAUAAUACACAGCACAGAAGAAAGUUUCUCGUACCAAAACAAGGUAAAAGCGAAGCAGUUUUCAGCUGUUCUACGAAUCAGAGCUCGUACAGCAAGACCUCGUGAGUGCCCAUACUAAACGUAAGUCAAUUAUUCGUAUAGUUAGUUGUCUUUCUCGUUAGUAUGGCAGGCAACCGUGCCCCAAAACAGUGGUCUCUCACAAAACAAGAAACAAUAACAUCGUUUGAAGCAUGGCGUCAAAAUUUACAAUAUACAUUAUCGUCAGACCCAAACUUCGCCCCAUUUUUGAUCGAUGGGGUAACUUGGCUGAGAAAGACCACAGCCUCCCCACUUCGCGGUUUCGAAAAUGAUGCCGAUACUGUAUCCGAAGCACGCCGUCGUACUGCAGAGCAAAAAGCAGCCCAACUGGAGUUUAUAUUGGGCCAAAUAGCCAAUUAUUGCCCCGUAAUUUCCCGAAAUACUAUUGUCAAAAACUCGACAUCUUUGAGCACUAUUUGGCAAUCAAUUCGAGCUCACUUUGGGUUUCAGUCCACAGGUGGUCAUUUCUUAGACUUUAAUAACAUUCACUUAGAAGCUGACGAGCGUCCGGAAGACCUUUACCAAAGGCUUGUUAGCUUCAUUGAUGACAAUUUGCUCAAAGCUGAUGAUGGUAUUCGACACCAUGGUGAAAACGUUACAGCUGAUGAAGACAUCUCCCCAACAAUGGAGAACAUAAUUGUGUUGACAUGGCUACGCCUUAUCCAUCCUUCUUUACCGGCUCUAGUCAAACAGCGCUAUGGUGCUGAACUUCGAUCACAAACUGUCGCGUCCCUCAAACCUGAAAUUUCCCAAGCACUAGACUCCCUCCUUGACGAAAUUAACUCCGCCAACGAUGCAAAAGUCUUCCGUACUGCUUUCCAACAAUCCCUCAAGCACCCUCAAUCCAGUA